CUCCGGCGGAGCGGAUUCUCCACGAUCAGCGUGGACGCGAGCCCGGCGCCCGGCUACGGCUCGACCUCGAGCUCCUCGGCGAUCGUCCGGCACUUCUACUCCGCCCACGAGUCCUGCAAGCUCGCCUGGGAGGGCUACCACGGCUGGAAGGCGUGGGCGGACCACCUGGAGGCGCCGCCCAGCGAGGAGCUCUGCCACCUCCACGAGGUGGGCGUGGCUGCCCUGGACGUCCCCGCGAGCCCCCAGGCGCGCACCUACAUCUCGCGCGUGCGCGCCGCGGUGGAGGCCAUCCCGGCGGCCGAAUGGCGAUGUGGGACGAGGCGGAGCUGCUCAGCGCGGGGUGUCGUCGUUUGCUCCUCCGCGCAUGUCGACCUCCUCCUAUUUUCCCCCGCGGCGGAUCGACGACGAGCGCUUCGGGGACGAGAACGGGGAGAGGAUCGCCGGCGCCCUGUUCUGCGCGCAGUCCGGCUACAUCAACGACCCUCAACUCGCGGCCAGGAACCUGGCGGACGCCGCGCUGCGCAAGGGCGGGGCCUUCCGGUGGAAGGCCCGGGUGACCAGGAUCGAGCGCGAUCCCAGCGGGACACGGGUGAGGGGCGUCGUCCUGGAGGACGGCUCCAGGAUAGAGGCCCCCAUUGUCGUCAACGCGGCCGGGCCGCACUCGCCCCUCGUGCACGAGAUGGCGUUCCGAGGGGCGUCUGCCGCCGACGACAGCCGCGUGUCCGCGAGGCCUCUCAAGGUCGAGGUGGCCUACGUGCCGGAGCCCCCCGGCUCGCGCAUCGACGAGACGCUACCGGUGCUUGCCGACCUCGACGUCGGGAUCUACUGCCGGCCGCAGCGGGGCGGCACGCUGGUCGUCGGCAGCGUGGAGCCGGACUGCGACGAGCUGCACUUCCUGGGCUCGCCCGAGGACCUGCAGGAGGGGCUCACCCAGGAGUGGACCAACAUGGUCUACCGCGCCGCCCUGCGCUUCCCGAACCUGGAGGUCCCCAACAGCGCGGCGGGCCUCACCGCGCUCUACGACACAACGGACGACUGGAUGCCGAUCUACGACCGCACUGCGCUCGGAGGCUUCUACUCCAUCCGAAGAAGCGGCAACCAGUUCAAGAAUGCACCAGUCGUGGGCCGAAUCUGCGCGCAGCUGGUGGAAGGCUGCGAGAACGGGCACGACCACGACAAGCAGCCGCUGAAGUUGCCCCUCAAUCACACAAAGGGGCAGCUGGACCUGGCCACAUGGUCUCGGCUUCGCGACGUGACAAAUACCAGCGGCACCGUGCUGAGUUGA